AUGCGGCGAUUCCCUGCACUGGCCCGGAGCCGGUCCCAUCAGCGAUGCUUCGGCAGCUGGGACCGCGUGCCCGGCCGUGUGCAGGUCACUGACGUUUCUCCUCGAGAUGGCCUGCAGAAUGAACCUGAAGUCUUUGAAACUUCUAUCAAGAGGUUUCUGGAGCCAUGGGCCAUGUCUGAUUUACCGGAAGAGCUGCUAUCUUCCUGGCCACCGGCACUCCUGGAAGAGGCCAGGCAAGGGGUGGAUUCUCUUCCCCGUUGGGCGCAACGCGAGCUGCGAGACUCCCAUCGUACAGCAGAGCCCGACACCUCGCUCCAGAUCGGGGAGGUGCCGGUGUUGGAGGACAGGGGGAGCAAGGAUCUACCGCAGCUGGUGCCCAUCGUCCAUGAGGCAGCAGCCCUGGCCGCCCAAGUACGGCGCCUCGGUGAGGUUGAGUUCCAGGAGGAUGCCCUGGAGCUCGUGGAUGCGGAGGGCCCUUGGACAGCUUCUGCUUUGGUGCAGGGUGCAGAGCUGCUGGGCUUCGUGGUCUUCGGCGUCCUCAACGGUUCAAUGUGGCUGCGCUACAUCGCGGUGGUGCCACGGCACCGGAAGAAGGGGUACGGACGUCGGCUGAUUGAGCACGUCUGCCAGUGCUGCCAGGAGCAAGGCGUCCUGGAGCUGACUCUCUUCUCGAAGAGGGAGCUGGUUCCCUUCUACCAGGCGGUUUAG